UGGCAGUCGUAAUGACUAAUGCGUUUCUAUUUCAAGAAUUACGGUAAGCGCGUUGACGCUAUAUAAAACAGGAACUGGACCGUCCAUGUGUUCGUGUUACUUUCUACACGUGAUCGUUUUGACCCGGGAUAUUAAGCCACUCAGACGCUGAACAGUUUCAGGAACACAUCAUGAUUACGCCAGCAUUUGAGCUGAGUCAAGACUCCGACUUCCUGACGCUGGUGAUCCGCGUUCCUUACACAAGAACAUCUGAGUUUGACAUCUACGUCGAUGGAGAGGACUUCAAGUUCUAUGCUAAGCCCUAUUUUCUCAGGUUGACUCUGCCUGGAAGGAUAGUCCAAGAUGGUAGAGAAAAGGCUUCGUUUGAUAUUGAGAAAGGUCUCUUUACAAUGUGCAUUCCUAAGGAGACAGCAGGACAGCACUUUGAGGGACUACAAAUGCUGACUAGUCUCUUAGCCCCCAAAGGUACCAGGUCUGCACAACCUCUGGUUGAAGAGAUCGGAGCAUGUGGCACGAGUGAGGCAUGUCAGGAAGAUAAAGAUGAAGAAGAGGAUUUUGAUUGGCAGCUGGAACAGCAGCCGUACAUUGAGUCAUCAGAGGAAGACUUGAAAAAGCUGCAGAAAUAUGGCUUCGGAAACCUCAGGACCGGGGUUUUCUUUCGACUUCAGGAGGAGCUGUCAGAAGUGAUUGAUGUGGAAGACCCAGAAAACUCUACCCCUGCCAAGAGAAGAUCUGAUCGCUUGGACACAGAGACCACCAUAUUCUGUACAGAUCACUAUCUGUGUGAUUUAUACGAAGGUGAAGAGAUGAGGCAAGUUCAUUUGGAUUUUAAGCCGUGGUGGAUUGAGCCGAAGCCAGACUCUGACGCUGAAUCUAUUGUGACUUUCACCGAUGAAGAAAAAGAACAACUGAGGAAGUUCACAAAUCGUUCCUAUGUGCUGGAUAAGGCAACUAGAUACCAUGUCUGGCUUGGUCUAGUGGAUAUCAUUCUGGCCUACGUCUACGAUGUGCGCACUACAGAAGGAGAACACAACGUGGAGUCAGCAUGGACCAUCAGAAAAAUCAGUGGGACUCUGAGCUGGCUGGAGACGUAUCACUCUCUACCUGAGGUUCUUGUAUCGUUUGGCCGCAGAGUUCUGUGUUACCCGCUGUACCGCCACAUUUCUCUGAUCACCAGGGCGAUCCAGGACGCCGCUCACAUUUUCCAGAGUGGUAAGACCUUUGUCCUGAAAUGCCUGCUAACCAUCCACAAGAUCUUCAGAUCCAAUGAGCCGGCCUACAUCCUCAAUGACCUCUACAUCACAGACUACUGCAUUUGGAUCCAGCGGGUUAAGUCCAAGCACAUGGUGGCUCUGGCUGAAGCUUUACGCAAAGCUGAGCUGCAUAAGAAUGACCUGGACCUUGAGCUGCAGAUUCUGGAGGAAGCUGCUGAGCUGGUGGUGGAGGAGGAACAUGAGGAGGGAAUAAAGAAAGGGCAGCAGGAGCAAACGAAUCAAUGCGAAGAUGAGGCUGAGUCUAGCAGCCGCAGUGAGGAAGAACAGAAAUACUCUAGUAGUGAGGAUCAUGACAGCAAGAGCAAAGAGGAAGAGGAGGAGGAGGAGGAGGAGGAGGAGCAAAAAGGAGUACCAGAUGGACUAGCAAUGACUUGCCCCUGCUCUCAGGAGCUUAAGCAUGGAGAAAGUCUUAUCCAGGAGCUGGGAGAGAGGCUGGAGGAGGAGCUGAGGAGAAAAGACGUGCCUCAAAUAACCGUUCACUCCAGCAGCACAGCGAGGGAGGAAAAGGGAGAGGUGGAGAGAUUGAGAAAGACAGACAACUCCCAGUUCCCUGAAGCUCAGGAUGGAAUUAAAAUCGCAAAAGCAGCAAGUGACACGGAUCUGGUAGAGCACCGGCAUUGUAACGUACGCAUCUUGAAUACCGAGGAACUAGACAGUGACGAUGAGGACGAGGGCCAGCCGAUUCAGUGAGUGCUCACAGGGAUCUACGAAGAUAAAAUGGACUGUUGUUUUUCUUUCAUUAUUUUAUAUACCUGAAUUGAAACACUUAAAGUUAAAUUAAAGUAGUACUGAAUAUUUUCUUGUUCUGUUUUUUAUUAUUUUUAUUAUAGAAAUUGCAAUACGGUUGAUUUGAAAAGACAUAAUGCAUGUUAAUCAUUUUUUGACUACAUUUCAAUCAUAGAUUCAAUGCAUUUUAAAUAUUUUUGCACUGGCUGUGUGUUAAAAAUAUUCUUUUUUUAUCCUUUUUUUUUUUAUACACCUGCAACUUCUUCUGGUUCCCUUUUCUGUGUAGCUUCACAUUUCAAGGCCUUGUCAUUUUUGGAACAUGCCGAAACGUCAUCGUGUGUGACAAUGUCAGUGCUCAGAUCCCUUUUUUUUUUGUUGUUGUUGUAACCAAUACUGCACUCCUGUCAGCUCUACAUGCUGACUAAUGGAAGAUUAGCUUGUUUCAGUUACGCUCUGUCGUCUCUCUCUGGAAGUAAAACAGCAAGGGGCAGUCACUGAACGAUAAACGAGGAGGGAAGGCAUAUCAGCAGGAAAUGUCAGCCCUGAGUAGCUCUCAGGGGAAAGUGGCUAUAGCUGCGAGAGACUGCAGUUCCAGCUGAGCUAUUGCUAAAGAUGAUGUUACACAGCCACUAUUUAAACCAAUUUUUUUCUUUGUUUUUUGUUUUUUUGUAUUUUUUUUUUUGUAUUUUUUUUGUAUUUAUUUUGUAUUUUUUUUUGUAUUUUUUUUUUUUCCCCCCAGAGACUUUUUUGGGGGUUAGCAUUUUAUGCUCUUCUUAAAUUGACAGCUCAGCUCCAAGUGGUGUUCUCACUGUUCAUUUACUUUAAACCCCUUCUUAACAAUACCCUAAAGAAGACAUUUUCACUGAUAUAUUUUCAUAUAUUGCUUAUGUACAAGACGUCUCAGAGAGCAGAAAUGGGUGUGACUUUUAAAGAUGGAACAUUUUAUGAAAAAUAUAUUUGUUUGUUUUGGAACGUGUCUAUUAAAAUGUUCCCCCAGCAGUCUUUGUAAAAACAGAAAAAUUUAUGAAAAACUACACGCUAUUUAACUUUACUUGAACUUAAAAUGAUGAAUAUGGACACUUCCAUUUUUUAAGUUCCAUUUUUUUUUUGUCCUCUGGUAAAAACAGUUAAUGGAAUCAAAAAGCUACAUGCUGACAGGACCCACUGUUUAAUGAUUUGGUCCACUAAUAUUGUCAUUUGGAGUUGAUCAACUAUUUAUUUUUAAUAGUCAACUAACAUUUUUGUUUAUGGCAACGUCAAAAUAUGCCAAUAGAUGGUGGACCAUAUGACCAAAAUAUGCCAAUAGAUGAUGGACCAUAGAAAUUGAAUGCUGGGAUAAAAUCUAAACAUGCUAAGUAUUAAUUUAGGUGUGU